AAAAAGGUAAACGUUGUAGUUCUCCAUCAUUCGGGGAGCUCGCAACUACAUAGACUUAGCAGAUCUGACGUCAGCGAAAAAAUGUAGCAUUUAAGACCGUGUAUAAAUAGUCCCGGUUUCAAGGAUUAAGAACUUCUUUACAUCGCUCAAUGCCCGCUUCUCAUAUACCUUUCGUAAUGAAUAUUGGAUGAUCUUGGAUAACAUGGCGUCUCAAGCAAAAAGAGAUGUAAUCAUUGCGAUCGACUUCGGAACAACCUACAGCGGGUUUGGAUACGUUUUCCCAAAUGCAUCCGAAGAUCAUAUCUACGUCUUUCAGGACUGGGGAAGAGGACAAGGAAUUAGUUACAGUAAGACGCCAACAGCUCUUCUCCUGAAGGAGAAUGGUGAGCUGCACAAAUUUGGACAUGCAGCAGUGGAGAUGUACGGCAAACAAGCAAUGUCACAAAAGGACUGUAAAAAGCUGUUAUAUUUUGAGAAAUUUAAAUUGCUGCUUCAUUCGGAAGAGGGUCUUAAUGAGCAAACAGAAGUAGAAGCCAGGAAUGGAAAAAAAUGGCCAGCCUUGGAUGUUUUUGCAAAGUGCCUUGAAUACUUGAAAAAAGUGGCAACAGAUACCAUAAACGCACGGCAUUUGAAGUCACAAAGGGACAACCCCGAUGCAGAAGCAAUGUACAAACCCUCACAGAUUCAAUGGGUUAUAACAAUUCCAGCAAUAUGGAGUGUUACUGCUAAAAAGUUCAUGAGAAAAGCUGCUUACAAGGCGAAAAUGGCAAGUCCUGAGGAUCCCGACCAGUUGAUUCUUGCUCUAGAACCUGAAGCUGCUUCGUACUAUUGUAGAAAACUGCCGUUCGACAUGUUCGUGGGACAACAAGGAAAAAAUGUAGUAACAGAAACACUGGACGACGAAAACGUUCCUUACAUGGUGGUGGAUAAUGGAGGUGGAACUUUGGAUAUUACUGUCCAUGAAGUUCAAGCUGAAGAAGGACAUAUCUUAGAAAAGGACUGCCCCUCUGGUGGUCUUUUUGGAGGAAUUCAUGUGGACCGAGAGUUUGAGAAUUUGAUGAGUAAAGCAUUCGGGGACGUCUUCAUAAGAAACUUUAAAAAGCAAUUUCCGAAUGACUGGCAAAUCAUCAUGAAUCGCUUUGAGACACAAAAGAGGGCAGAGGAUUAUGUCGAUAACGAAGAGAUAAGUAUUCCUCUCCCUUAUAACUUCAUAAAGUCUUGUUAUCAUGACAUCGGAGAAGAUGACACCAUUAAUGAGAGGAUCAGGCGUUUUUAUCCUGAAAAAGUCAGCGUCAGUAGUGACUACCUGAAUAUCAGCAUGGAAACUCUGGGCGACCUACACCGUCCAAUAGUGAGCAAGAUUUCACAGCACGUUAAAGAUUUGCUAUCUAAACAAAGUCUUCAAGAUGUCAAGACAAUGUUUCUUGUCGGUGGCUUUUCUGAAGCCCAAUUUUUGCGAAAAGAAUUUUCUCGCAGCUUUUCUGACAAACGCAUUCUCAUUCCAAAAGACCCCCAGCUUGCCAUAAUUCGGGGCGCCUUGGAGUUUGCUCAAGAUCCGACUUUGCUUCGGGCAAGGGUCAUGGGCAAGACUUAUGGCGUACGUACCUGUCGGAAGUUUGAUCCUGAAAAGCAUCCUCGAACGAAACGAGAAGUCCGCCCACAUAAAGUGUACUGUCGUGACAUUUUUGCCACAUUAGUAAAGAAGGGCGAACGAGUAGAUAUCGAGGACACGCGAACGCACACUUUCCUUCCCGUCGAUCCCGACUCGACAGAGAUCUCUUUCCCUUUUUACAGCACAGAUCAAGAAGAUGCUGAAUUCACCACCGACCCCGGAGUUAUAAGUGAAAACGUUGAAAUUUUGAUUUCAACUCCUGACACCACCAAGGGUCUUGACAGGCAACUAAGGUUAGAUGUAAAGUUUGGUGGCACCGAAUUAAAGGUGCAAGUCACUGACGUUGAAUCAGGAAAUGCUGAAACAGCAUCUAUUGAGCUCGUGGCUAGAAAGGUUUUACAUUCCCGUUUCCGUUGAACAGAACUAAGGGGAACUAAGGUAGACAGGAGAUGUUGUUUGGUAGGAGCUCGCAUUUCGGGGAGGAGCGAAUACCGGACUCAGUCGACUCAGCGGUGGACAUCGAGCCUUGAAGGACCCUAGUCAGCCUCCGCCAUUUUCGACGCGAUCGAAAUUAUUGAUGUUGCAUGGUGAAGUGAAGUCUUAUUGCUUUACUGUAAGUUAUGUUCCUGAUGGUAUGUUUAUCAUCUUCAGUAGUUUCACAGUGAUUUCCCUCGUUUUGACAUGCUCCGGAUAAAAUGUAAUGGCCAAACUCUGGUACGUAAACAAAAACAAAGGUGUGACUGACUAGGGCCCUUUAAUUAGAUAGUUUGCGCUGUAAAUAGUGCUUUCGAGAAAGCCUGUCAGCCUGGGCAUUUGUGUGAUGGAAACCAUCAGUUUUAACUUUUUAUUGGGCCGAUUUUGGCAUUUUUUGAAACAGGUUGAUCGUAGGGUAAUAUCAAAAUGUACUCAAAAUCUGUAAUCGCGUUAAUCACUAUACACCGUAAUAGAAUGUUUCUCAUACUAUUGUAACGAGUUAACAUAACUUUGAGCACCUUGUGAAACUAUAGCAUUGUUUCAAAAUUAGAGGGUCCCAGACUGGGGGGUUCGAAAUCCCAUUUCCCAGCCUAUUUUGCGCCCAAAUCUCAGUCCCAGCAGUGAUGGUUUACAGAAAUCCUAGUGAAUAAAAAAAAUCAAGAAAUUGAAAAAAAGUAGCAGGAGGAAAUCUUAAAGUAGGCGGAGCACUACUGGGUCAGAUAAAGGCGGCCAU